UAUUCGUGGUGGCAGACAUGAUUUGAUCGUGAAAAGUUAUGAGAGUGUGAGAGUGUGAUGUAGCAUGCUAUGACGAUCGAUGACGACGUCACGACAGGCGGAGCAGGUCUUGGCGUGUGACGCCACAAACGGAAAUUCCCGGACUCCUCCGGCGGCUUCCGGGGGCCUUCACGUGCCAGGGUUAACGCCGUCGCCGCGGAAUCAAAUUGAACUUCACCAUAAGUCGGAGGUAAUCACAGUGGCACACGAGGAAAAUGCGUUCGAUGGAGUGUGUCCCAGCUGUGGUGUCCUCACGCCUUCGGCCCUCCCACACCCUUCACUCUAUUUAGGUAAGGGGCGUCCAGGGUAUAUAAUAAACGUCCGCUUCGAAUAUCGCGUCUGCCGAACAAGCGUCUGCUUCUCGACCCCUCAUGCUCGCUCUGCUGCACAGCUGCUUCAUUCCCUUGGCUUUCAGCUUACUGGUUCAUGCCACCGUCUCUAAUCUACAAGCCCCGAUCGCUGCCGUCUCUGGCGGCAGUAUAACCGUGACUUGGGCGAACGACGGCACCGAGAGCCAGCCGCUGACCUUGGCGCUCUUUGGCGCAUUUAACGGUCCUUUUGCUAUUGCCAACGAUGUCGACCCGCUACAAGACACCAUGACUGUCGCGCUGCCCCCUGUCCCUCCGGGUUCGCAGUACACCCUCGGCCUAAUCAGCAUGUCGAACACCGCCAAUGUCCUGGCGACCAGCCCUGCGUUCGAGAUCUAUUCUCCGGGAUCAACGCCGACAGGCGCCAAAGUCGCUCCAUCUCCGACAGUGAUUCCGACACCGGUCCUGACCACUUCCACUACUGCUGCCGCCACUACUGCUGCUACCGCCACAAUGGUCACGACUGGCGGCGCGGCUGCAUCGUCCGCUACGGGCAAGCACUCGUUCUCGGUCAUCUCUUUCACGGAAACGCAGCGUGUGACUGUUACUAGCUUCGGACCUCAGCCUAGCACGAGCCAGGGAGACCGAAUGCGGGUUUUUCCAACGGUAUGGAUGGCUGCGCUGGUCAUUUGGCGCGGGCUAGCACUAGCGUACGCUGUAGUUUAGAUGAGGCAGCUAUGACGUCAUUGCCCUCAGCCCUUAUUCUAAGCGAGGCUCUUGUUCUCGCACCCUAAGAGGACUUUCCGACCAGUAAUUCACAGGUUGCUCAGACGCAAGAUCACCUCUGGUCACGAUGUACCAUCGAGUAGCGACUGACUUCCAGUCGCCAAAGUCUCCCCUCUAAGCCCGCGAAGUCGCGGUCCCUUAUAAUUACGGAAUCGGCACUCAGGCUAUCCAGUCUUCCCUCUCCCACCCACGGUACUCACACAACGAUGCCACACGCACUCCUCCGCGCCCUCCGCGCCAAAACCCCCGCGUUCGGUCUCUGGCUGACCGCCCCCGGCUUCCUGCACACCCGCACAGCCGUGCACGCCGCCCCGCGCGGCGUUCUCUCCUGGGUCGCCCUCGACUGCGAGCACGGCGUCGUCCCCGGCUCGGGUGCCCAGCUCGCUGAAUCGAUCGCUGCGGUGCACCUCGACGACGGCUCGGGCGGAGUGCGGCCGAGUGCGGUGGUGCGCGUUGCGGCUUUGGGGAGCGAUGCACGUCAGGGCGGCGUGGGGUGGCAGGUGAAGCACGCGCUGGAUGUGGGUGCGAGGGGCGUCAUAGUGCCCAUGGUGUCCACGGCCGACGAGGCGCACGCGAUCGCCAGAUGCGCGCGGUACCCACCCCGCGGCCGGCGCGGCUUCGGCAGCCCCUACACGCAUCUCAUGUGGGGCCAGCCCUCCGCGGCGGACUACCUCGCAGGGGCGGACGGCGCGGUGCUGGUGAUGGCGCAGAUCGAGACGCGCGAGGGCGCGCAGAACGUGCGUGACAUUGCGCGUGUCGAUGGGAUUGAUGUGCUGUUCGUUGGCCCGUACGAUCUGUCGAUGGCGUUGGGAUUCCCGCCGCCGAACCCGGACCCGCAUCCCGAGGUCGAGAAGGUCAUCCAGCAGAUUCUCGCAACCAGUCGCCGGGAAGGAAAGAAGUGUGCUAUUUACUGCACGAACGGAGCGCAAGCUGCACAGCGUGCGAAGGAAGGAUUCGACAUGAUCAACGUUCUGAACGACGUUCGAGCCUUGUCGAGCGCUAUCGAGCAGGAAUUGCUGGUCGCAAGUGGCAGCAAGAGUGGAGGGACCAUCUGAAAUGUCCGGUCUCUAAAAAUGGUCCUGUUUAGCUCGCAAACCCAUGAUCGUGCUCGACAUGUCGUACCAAUACUGACCAAUGGCUGAGUAUCUGUAACACUGCCGAGUAUGACUUGUUUGGAACAUCUUUAGUGCACGGCAGUCUCAGCUGGGUUGCCACUUGGAGAUUGACACCCAAGUUCUAACUUUUACAGUUACACAUACAUGAAACGAGGCGGCCACGAGAAUUUGCAGAAUGUCGCCGGACCAGUGGGCUAUCAAUCCUGACUUGGAAGUCGGACUUCCCGCGCCGAGGAUAAAAGCCAUACCCUCGUUCCUGGAAAGGAUGAAAAAUUAACCAGCGUGCCCCAGAGCACAAUCGUGUUUUUGCAUUAAGGGGGAAUCGAACCCCCGGCGGGUCGAUACGAUAUAGUACCGGGAGGAAAAUAUAUCCGUGCGGGCUCUGAAUGCUGCAGCCGAAACCCUUAAUUAUUAUACAAUUGGAUCAACAAAGUCGGCCACCAAAAAUCCCGGAGCACUCGUUGAGUCGGCUGAACGAAACCCGCGGCAAAUCCGAUUCUCAGUGCUCGACAGAAAAGUCGAGAACAGGACAUCCGUCCUUUCUCCGCUGAGCGUCUCGGAAUCGUAUUCGGACGAGCCGCUCAAUGCGGGGUCCCGGAUGUUCAGCAUGAGGCGCGAGAUCAUGACUGAGGAGAUGCUAUCGGCAGGGCAAUAUGAGCGUCGCGAAGAAUUUGAAGGAAAGGCAUCUGCAUACACGUUCAUGAAGGUCGUUGCUACACCGCGGGUGUAGUCCUGCAGGGCGAUAAGAAUGCAUGGGACGCUCAGUUUGGGUUAUCGGAUCCCACCUUUCCUACCUGGGGGACAAGUUUAGAGUAUGAGCAGCUGGCCUACAAAUGCUACGCACGAUAUUAGCUCGGCGACGGAGAGCCAUCGGCGACGCGCACCCGAAAUAGAUCGACCCGUCUCGGAGUAAAACAGAAAGCAGCGAAAGAGCACCCCCGUUCGAUCGGCGCCUAAACUGCAGCGCGCGGUGAACCGUCAGAAAGAAGAUAAUGAUGUCGAACACGCCCAUGGAUCCCCACGCGUAAAUCAGUCCGAUACCCCUGUCAGAGAAGCGGAGCUCAAUUAUACUUGGGUCGCAUAGAUCGAGGUCGCACAGUGAUACGCACUGCUUAUGGUCGAUUUGAUAGUUGCAGCCAAUCAGCAGUGGCAGAUUCGGCUGGCGCUCCUUGGGGCUGCCGAGGAAGACCGUGCCGUACUGGGGGGAGGGAGCGGGGUGAGAUGGGUAUCAUCAGCAAUGUAGUAGUCGAGCAAUGCGCACCACACCGCAGACGAUGACGCC